GAGCAUGGAGGGACUUGGCACAUGGAAGCAGCUCAACUGGAUACGCAAAGGAAGAAGGGAGAAGCCAUCUUGAAGACCAGCUCGACCGUCUACUCGACCAACCGGUCGAGUUCCUCAACUCGACCGGCCAAGCUUCAACUCGAUCGAGCUGGAAGUCAAAGUCAAACCCGAAAAAUGUUGCUUCCCCCUUGACUUUCCUUUGA